AUGCCCUCACAGAAGCUGAGCAACGGCUCGUCCGAGUACGAGAUCGAGGGUUUUUACCAUUCCCAAGUCACAUCUCCUAUUAAGGUGAUAUGUAUCGGCAGUGGUGUGUCUGGCAUGUGCUUGGCAUAUAAGAUGCUGAAGGGUCUGGAGUCAUUUGAAUUGACCGUCUACGAGAAAAAUAAGGACGUUGGUGGCACGAUGAGAGAGGCAGUCUAUGUAAAGGCAGCUCAGCUCUGCUGGCUAGCACCUUCCUCAGGCCGCUCCUACCUAGCACUCUAUAAUGCACUUAGGCAGGAACGGCCUAACAGUGGUUUGAGAAUAGAUAUCCAGGUUGUGCUUGUGACAUUCCAGCACAUUUAUACACUUUCUCCUGGGAGCCCAAACAUGACUGGAGCAAGUACUACGCUGAUUCAGCCGAAAUCCACGAUUAUUGUCGAUCCUUCUAUGAACGCAACCGCCUCGAACGCUUCACCAAGUUACAACACAAGGUCCAGAAAGCUACCUGGUGUGAGGUGUGAGGACAAAAGCCAAUGGGAGGUCGAAGUCGAAGACCUCAGCACAGGCAAAGUCAUUAUCGACACAUGUCAAGUCUUGGUCAAUGCCACUGGCUUCUUGAACAAAUGGACAUGGCCCAAAAUCAAGGGCAUUGAGACCUUUAACCGUCCGAAGCUGCAUUCCGCCGCGUGGGAUCCCUCGGUUGAUUUCCAGGACAAGACUAUUGGACUAAUCGGUACUGGCUCAAGUGCCAUCCAGAUUGUCCCCAAACUCCAGCAAUUGGCCAAGCAAUUGAAGAUUUUCAUGCGAUCCCCGACUUGGAUCACCCCAGCUAUUGGGGGCAAGACGUCAGACCAGUUCCAAGGCGACGACAAGGCCGAUGGGAAUACUGGACAUGAGCAGUUCACCUUCACCGAUGAGCAGAAGGCGAGGUUUAAAUCUGAUCCUGAAUAUCACCUUCAAUUCCGCAAAAAAAAUUGGAGCGGAAAUCAACUGGAUGGCCGACGUCUUCUCCUAUGGAAGUGA